UAUUCGGGACAUUCUUAUGUUAAGAAACAUAGGCUGUAUGUAUGAUUCCCCAUUUCAAGUUUUGGAACUUUGUAUCAUUAUAUAAUAAGAGAUGAUAUUUAACAUUAGCCUACAUUAUACCCUGGUUUACUAUUUGGCUUGCAGUUGUCUGCUUUUUAAUAGCUAGUUAGAACAUAUUGCUCACCGAGCAUUUUGGCGUUAGUUGCACAUUUAAAAAGUUUAGAUGUGUUGCGCGUUAGCCAACACUGCAUGCUCAUUUUGAAUAACACAUAGACCUAGGUGUUUAAGUUGCAGUUUCUGUAGACUAAACUAACAGUGCGCGUAGGUACCCAAGGGUACCCAACAACUUUGUCAUUAUGGACGACAACCCUGACUUUGAUAACAAAGAAAUUAAAGAGGAGAAAAAUGGUCUGGAUCUGAGGAAAACGAACCCUUCCAAAUCCGUGGACAUGGAGGAACAAAUUGAAUGUACGAGCAUCUCGAAUGAGAACCAGGACAAUAGGCCUUCAACUACCACGCGUUUAUACAAAAGGAGAUGGGUGAUGGUGUUCCUUUUCAGCUGUUACUCCCUGUGCAACGCAUUUCAAUGGAUCCAAUACGGAAUAAUCAACAAUAUUUUUAUGAAAUUCUACAAUGUGGACUCUUUUACCAUUGACUGGAUGUCAAUGGUCUAUAUGUUGACCUAUAUUCCUUUUAUAUGGCCUGUCUCCUGGCUUUUGGACAAAAAGGGACUGCGGCUCAUAGCACUGAUGGCCACCGCUAUUAAUUGCCUUGGGACAUGGAUCAAGGUGGCCAGCGUCAGGUCAAACUUAUUUUGGGUGACGAUGCUCGGACAGUUUGCAAGUUCUCUAUCCCAGGUCUUCAUCCUUGGCAUGCCCUCCCGCCUGGCAUCGGUUUGGUUUGGGUCCGAAGAGGUGUCCACCGCCUGUUCCAUCGGCGUUUUUGGGAAUCAGUUGGGCAUUGCCAUUGGCUUCCUGGUGCCACCCAUCCUCGUGCCAAAUGUUGACAAUAUAGAAGAGCUGGCAUACCACAUCAGCAUCAUGUUCUACAUCACUGCUGGAGUGGCCACCAUGAUCUUCAUCCUCGUGGUCUUCAUGUUCCAAGAGAAGCCGGAAAUCCCUCCCACCCUGGCUCAGGUCCAGGCCAGGAGCAUCCCUCCAGAAGAUUACUCCUACAUGGCUUCUAUCCUGAGACUGCUGCGUAACCUACCCUUCAUGCUCCUCGUCAUCAGCUAUGGGCUGAAUGUCGGUUGUUUCUAUGCUGUUUCCACAUUGCUGAACCGGAUGAUUAUUGAGCAUUAUCCAGGUGAAGAGUUGAAUGCUGGAAGAAUUGGCCUCACCAUUGUCAUUGCGGGGAUGGUGGGGUCCCUCAUAUGUGGGAUCUGGUUGGACAAGACCAAAACCUACAAACAGACUACCCUGGCUGUAUAUCUUCUGUCCUUCGUGGGAAUGGUGGUCUAUGCCUUCACCCUCAACUUAGGCCACCUAUGGGUGGUGUUUGUAACAUCGGGGGCUCUAGGGUUCUUCAUGACUGGGUACCUGCCGCUUGGCUUUGAGUUUGCUGUGGAGCUGACCUUCCCAGAGUGUGAGGGCACCUCCUCAGGCCUGCUCAACUGUUCAGCUCAGAUAUUUGGGAUCAUAUUCACCAUCGGUCAAGGGAAGAUCAUAGAGCACUUUGGAACGUUCGCUGGGAACAUCUUUCUCUGUGUCUUCCUCCUCAUGGGCACUAUUAUGACAGCAUUCAUCAAGUCUGACCUCCGACGGCAAAAGGCCAACCAUCUGGCUGAGACACAGGCGGAAAGUGCUGCAGAUUCCCCGUCUCGGGUACAGGACUACGGGGCCACAACACCCAGCAGACCACAGGAGCAGCAAUCCUGACAUUAACUUCACUAAAACCCAAACACACACCUGCCAAGAAACAGGCAGGCAUCUCACCGCCAGAUACACUGAAGGAGGUCAAGGUAUAAGGAGGAAUUCCAGUUGGACAGGUGUGAGAAGACAGCCCAGCACACACUGACAUGUUUGAAAACUACCAAAGGAUGUACACACAAACAGGAACAGAUUCAAUACAUACACUAAAAAGCAUGCUGCUUUCCCUUUACAAAUGUGAAGGUGAGCACAUGCACAAGUGAUGAAUUUGUACUUAAUGUACUUAAUUGAAACUAUGACAUGGAGGACGCCUCUGAGGAAGUCAGAGCCCAGGAAUGUACUGUAGGCUGGGGUAUGGACACCCUGCUUUGGCUUUAGUUCCAGUGACUGCUAUUUCUACUGCCUAGCACAACUGGCUCCCCAGAUCUACUCAAGCCAUGCAGAAGAACUCACUUGGAACCUCACAUGUUCUCCCUCUUUAGCAAAUUACUCGACAGAUAACGAGUUUGAUUGUCAAGCACAAGCAGAAGUAUUUCAAGUUGAAUGACCUGUUAAUUAAUAUUUAAGUGUCACUUUUUGAGAGUACGCUAUGAAUGGUUCAUCUUUUCAUUUUGUUUACCUUUGACUGUCUCCAAUCUAAAUCAUGUAAAUGUUGAUGUCUGUGCAUCCCGAUAUGAGCAGUAUUGUGCUUUUUGUUUCCUGACAUUUGACCAAUACUAUACCGUAACCAAACUUAACAUUGCUAAAUGUAUUAAUGUAACUGUUCUAGGUCCAGUCAAGCCAACUCACCUAGUGGUUUAACAGGAUUUUGAGAUUGCUAUCUGCCAAAUAGGAUUACACAGAGAUACUUCUAAGUACUACUGAUAAUGGUGAAUAGGGUUGAUACUGUGCCUGAGUAUGUCUCAGAAGGAAUCAACCUGCUUUAACCACAUUCUUAGAAUAAGUCAGAAACUUUGGGACUAUUGUAUUUAAUGCUCUGCAUUGACUUGCUUUAGAGCCUAAAACACUAUGAUAACAAUGUGAGCACAAAAUCAUUAGCGUGGCAAGACAGACAAUCCAAUGGACUUGUCAUUUUGCACGAGGUAGGCGAGUGUUGUAUUUGUAUGUAUGAUUCUUUUGGCCUGUAUAUUUGUUACUGAGAACUCUUUCAUGCCAUACUUAAUGUUAAUAGUGAGAUUUAAGAUUAAAUUCCAUAGUGCAGUGUUUCAUCAGCUUUUUUUUGUUUUGAAGGAUAAUUUUAUAUACAUCAAAUGGUGAUGUCAUUUUUACUAUUUCUCAUAUUCAGUAAUGAACAACAUAAUUAUAGUUUUGUAAAAAUGUUUGUAGAUGUUGUUUGGACAAAAUGUCAGUGUGAACAAUUGUACAUGGUGAACUAAAUGUAAAAAACAUUUAAAAAAA